AGUGCACUGCCUAUAUGACGUUUCAGUUUUCUAUUAAUUGUUUAUACGUGUUUUUAUGUGCAAAAAUUUAUAUUAUGGCUACUAAACUAAAUGUAAAUAUUAGAACACUUCUGUCCAACUGCGAAGAGCUAUCAAAGGAUGAAGCAAAUUAUUGGCGUUUGAAAAAGUUUAUAAAAUCUUUGGACACAAUGAUAGAGGAACUCAAGGAAUUUGACGAUUUAAGUAGUAAUAUGAAAAUUGCAGAUUAUACCAAACGACUACAGGCUCUAAAGAUUCUUACGAAUUACAUAGAUAGUCCACCACCUGUAAAGAGCCUACGGUCUAAACUACGCCCUGCAUAUGAAGCGGGUGAGGAUGCAAUAAAAGAAAUGCAACAACUCCAAAGUUCGAAACAUUAUGCAGAUAUACGAAAAGAGUUACUAAAUGAAGAUUCACUUCGCCGACGAAAACCAGAUGAUAACGCAACAAAUGCUGAUAACAUGAAUGAAGCAGUUAAAUAUUACAAUGAAGCUCAAGAAAAAAUUACUGAGCAUAUGCUGUCGCUAACGCGAAAUCUAAAAGAGCAGACAGAGACUGCAAAUCGGAUAAUAAAGAAGGAUACUGAAAUAGCUUCAAGAUCUACAAAUAUGGCUGAUCGCAACAUUAAUUCAUUGAAUAAAGAAACUGAAAAAUUAGCUGAACAUUCACGUAAUGCAUGGAAAUGUUGGAUGUGGCUAAUGUUUGCUUUCGUUAUUACAGUAUUUAUUGGUAUGGUAUUAUUCAUGAAAAUUAUGAAAAAGAGGAAAGUUUAGACCAUAUCCAGUGAUAGUAUAAACAUCCUAAUUUUACUCGUUUGUAUAAGUAAAACGUAUAACUAAACAAAUUCAAGAAAAAAAAUGAAUACAUUAUAUCCAAUAAAGGUGUUUCCUUUAAAAGUUUUGAAUAUGAA